AUAAAAAUCGACCUUGAGUGCGUAACUUACCUGUGGCCUUUUGUCUAAGCUAUUUAAUACACGUAAUAGAAAUACAUAUAAAGUGUCUGACCACUAUAUACAUGAUUGAUCAUACAAAAACAAAAAUCAUAUAAUGUCUGAGGAAAUUAUAACAGAUUUUGACAGUUUGUUGAAUAAAUUGAAUGGUUUUGGAAAAUAUCAAAAGUUUAAUUUAAUACUAACAUGUGUCACAGCCUUUAUAACUGGAGUGGCAUCACUUGAUUUUGUAUUUGUUACUGGAAUACCAGACUACAGAUGUCGAAUACCAGAAUGUGAUAAUGAAAAUGUUACUGAAUAUACACCAAAUUGGUUAAAAAAUGCUGUUCCCUAUGAAAAUGGCAAUCCAAAAUAUUGUUCACGCUUCGCGUUACAAAAUGAAACUAUACGUAAUACUUCAGAUUUAUGUCCGGCAGAAUUAUUUUCAAGGGAUAAUGUUAUACAAUGCGAAUAUAAUGAAUUAAUAUUUCCAGAUGAUCAUAAGACUAUAGUAAAUGAUUUCGAGAUUUACUGUGAAGAUAAUCAAUGGAAAUUAUCAAUGGUUGGAACAUUUAGUUCUCUUGGUGUAAUCUUAGGGGGUCCAAUUUGUGGCUUUAUAUCAGAUAGAUAUGGGCGGCAUAAAAUCUUAGUCAUAAGUGGUGUCUUAACUUCAAUAUUUGGCAUAGCUAAAUCAUUUUCAACGAUAAUCGAAGAAUAUAUAGUUUUGGAUGUGAUGAAUACAAUUGUUAGCUACACACUAUACAGUACAGCUUUUAUUUUGGGCAUUGAAUUAGUAGGACCAUCCCAUCGACUAUUAGCUGCAACAGCCAAUAAUAUAUGCCUAGCAAGUGGUGGAAUAUUUCUUGGUCUAGCUGCUUGGAAUAUUAAUUCCUGGCGUACAUUACUACGAGUUUUAUAUGCUCCUGCCAUAAUAAUUUUUUUUUAUUGGUGGCUUAUGUGUGAAUCAAUAAAAUGGUUAAUUUCAAAAAAUAAAUUUGAUGAAAUACGUAAGAUUCUUGGGAAAAUAUCAAAAGUUAAUAAUCGUCCACUGCCAGAGAAUUAUGAAGCGUUUCUAAAGAAUGAAGAGAAUCAAACUGAGACCGAAAUAAGUAUAAAAAAUGUAUUUAAAAACCGUACAUUAUGUUUACGAUUUAUAAAUUGUUGUAUUUUAUUUUUGGGUAAUAAUAUUGUUUACUUUGGAUUAUCUUUAUAUUCAGUUGCAUUGACUGGACAUAAAUACAUGAAUUUUAUUAUAAUUGAAUUUGUGGAAAUCCCCGGUAAUAUAUUAUGUGCGAUUAUUUUAAAUCGUUAUAGUAGACGUUUAACAUUGCGUAUAUCUUAUCUUCUCACUGGAAUUUGUUGCAUCCUGCUCUACUUUAUUACCGAAGGAGAUACUAUUAAGAUAAUAAUUUAUACGAUAGGAAAACUUAUGGCUACAAUUGCAUCGAAUACAAUGUACGUAUUUACAACUGAGUUAUUUCCAACUACAGUUAGGCAUUCAACAUUGAAUAUAUGUUAUGCAGUUGGAGGUAUUGGUAGCAUGCUAGCACCUCAAACACCGUUAUUAGCACUAAUUUGGACUCCGUUAACAGUAAUCACAUUAGGUUCCUUUUCAUUACUCGCAAGUGUGCUGACAAUAUUUUUUCCAGAAACGUAUAAUAAAGAAUUACCAGACACAAUUGCAGAAUCUGAACACAUAUCUAAAACUUCAACUGUUACAAAAUUAUAAAUAAAAAUUUUAUACCAA